CGUGCGCAUGCCCGAUUCCGAAGGCGAAUGCGGUAUGAAACACAAGCCUACAGACAAGACGGUAUAACCUCGAGAUCAGAAGUCCCUUAGAUAUUUUGGAACGAAAAACAUUCAAUCCCAUUGGCUUGUAUAAGUGUCCGAGUUGGCGAAGGAUCUUCAGAAUCAACUAUAUGAUGCAGGAGUGACUGUCGGCCAUUCUCCAGGCUUUCCUCUCGUCUCGUUCCUGGAACCAGAGUCUUGGGGGGGCAGAGUCCUGUGCUGGCCUCCAUCCCCCAGUUAGCUGCACCAGAACGCUGUCCCUGUCCAAGUGUAUAUCCUGUGUUGCUCUGAUCGAGCGGAUCUUCUGACCGGGGAGACCGCCGCAGCUUCAAGCCACUCCCUCUGCCCCGCCUUCCUAGCCCCGCCCUACACCGACCUACAGCUACCAUGGUGCUGUCACAACGACAACGAGAUGAACUAAAUCGAGCGAUAGCCGAUUACCUCCGUUCCAAUGGGUAUGAAGAGGCAUAUUCAACUUUCAAGAAGGAGGCAGAAUUAGACAUGAAUGAAGAAUUGGAUAAGAAGUAUGCUGGCCUUUUGGAAAAGAAAUGGACCUCAGUCAUCAGAUUACAAAAGAAGGUGAUGGAGUUGGAGUCAAAGCUAAAUGAGGCCAAGGAAGAGAUCACCCUGGGUGGGCCCGUAGCCAUGAAACGUGACCCCAAAGAGUGGAUCCCUCGCCCGCCAGAGAAGUACGCACUCAGUGGCCACCGCUCCCCUGUCACACGCGUCAUCUUCCACCCGGUCUUCAGUGUCAUGGUGUCCGCCUCCGAGGACGCCACAAUAAAGGUUUGGGACUAUGAGACGGGUGACUUUGAGCGGACGCUAAAGGGGCACACAGACUCUGUCCAGGACAUCUCUUUUGACCAGACCGGGAAGCUGCUGGCCUCCUGCUCUGCAGACAUGACCAUCAAGCUGUGGGACUUCCAGGGCUUCGAGUGUAUCCGAACCAUGCACGGGCACGAUCAUAACGUUUCGUCUGUAGCCAUCAUGCCCAAUGGAGAUCACAUAGUAUCUGCCUCGAGGGACAAAACCAUUAAAAUGUGGGAGGUGGCGACUGGCUACUGUGUAAAGACGUUCACGGGCCACCGGGAGUGGGUCCGAAUGGUCCGGCCCAACCAGGACGGCACCCUGAUGGCCAGCUGCUCCAACGACCAGACGGUUCGCGUCUGGGUCGUGGCCUCCAAAGAGUGCAAGGCAGAGCUGCGGGAACAUGAACACGUGGUGGAGUGCAUCUCCUGGGCUCCCGAGAGCGCCCAUUCCACCAUCCUGGAGGCCACUGGCUCAGAGUCUAAGAAGAGUGGUAAGCCUGGGCCAUUCCUGCUGUCUGGGUCCAGAGACAAGACCAUCAAGAUGUGGGAUGUUAGCACUGGCAUGUGCCUUAUGACACUGGUUGGACAUGAUAACUGGGUGCGUGGGAUGCUUGUCCACCCUGGAGGCAAGUUCAUAUUGAGCUGUGCUGACGACAAGACCUUAAGGAUCUGGGACUACAAGAACAAGCGCUGCAUGAAGACCCUGAGUGCCCAUGAACACUUUGUUACCUCUCUGGAUUUCCACAAGAAUGCCCCAUACGUUGUGACCGGGAGCGUAGAUCAAACAGUAAAAGUGUGGGAGUGUCGCUGAUCUGAGCGGACCUAAGAAGUUCGGAUCGCAAUUGCCGCCCUGGACCCCCACCGCCGCCUCCUCUCCUCCAAACCCACCAACCUCCCGGCCUCAUUCCAGCCCCCUACACCUCAUUCCCCCACCAUCUCCUUCAUCUCCUCUGGCUACACACACACACACACACACACACACACACACAAACACCAUGGUUAAUACCUUAUCCUAUCAUCGCGCGCUCUGGUCCAAUAACGAUUGUUCUUUUAUGUAAAUUAUUCUGGAUGUAGAUUGAGCUAUUAAAUGUUACACAACAAAAGUAUUCUUGCAUGGUGAUGAAUCCAAAAUUGUAUACUGUAAAUUCAUGAUAACAUUGUCUAGAAUUACCAUAGGUUUAACAAGGGCAGGGCUGGUUAAGUCUGUAGUCACACACAGCCUUUUACCCACCUGCCUACUGAAGAUAGGUGUUUCUUUUGGUCUGUCCCAAAGGGUACCCUAUUCUCUCUGUAGUGCCCUACUUUUAACCAGGGGCCAUGUAUCGUGGUCAAAGUACUGUACUAUGCAGGGAAUAAGGUACCUUUUGGGACAAACUCUUUGACUGGGUGUAAAACGUAGGGCACUAAAACCAAUAAUUUAAAUUGUAUUUUCAUUACGUGUCAGAGUUAUUAUUUUUGUCUGUCUUUUUUUUUUAUAGAUUAUUUUCUUUUUCUCCUUUUGCUCAUUUUUUUUUCUCCUUUUCACAGUCGUAGUCAGUUUGUUGGUGCCUAGCUUGGUGACCCUUUUAAGGGGAAACGAUGACCGAUAAGUGUAAUCCCUUCAUGGAGGAGGAUAUGAGAUGACUUGUGUGUGGGGGUUUUGUUUUUGGAAUAAUCUGUAGCUUUGUAAUAUCACUUUUGAAGUUUGCAUACCAUUUCUCUUCAUGUGGAACUAGAUAAUAUAUUAAUGGCUGCAUAUACAAAUGUUUCAAACUAUUGUCAACUUUCUGACCUUUAGGGUUUAAAAAAAAACGAAAUGGCUUUGUAUUCUUGUGAUGACGACGCAUCCUAAAUUGAGUAGCAAAAUUACUCUUGAAUUGUCCUAUCCAAUAAACAAAUAAGCUUCACGGUUAUAAACUCACAGUGGACUGAUAGCUUUCAGGUAGCAUUUAGGUGAGCCAAUAGCGUGAGGGAACUCCUCCCUGAAACACUGCUCCCUGUUUGUUUGGCCCUUUCUUGUGCUUUAUGAUUGGCUGCCAGUGAUCUGGUGAGCGACUCAACCCUUCUCUAGCACUUGACCAUUUAGCAGCAGAUGUCAGGUAUUUCUCAAGUUGAAAAGGAGUUUUAGACUUCUCUUUCCUUGUGUUACUUGUCUCACUGAUGUCUCAAGUUUAAACCGAGUGUUUUCCAUUGGGCAAUAUGUAACCUACGGACUGUUUCCCUAAUCAUAUGACUAAUCUCGUGUCAAAAGGGUUUUGUCUGUUAUGCUACAGGAAUAAUGUAAGAGGUUUGAUACUCUGUAAGCUGUUAUCUCAUGAUGCUUGCUUUUAUGGGAUCAUCAGUUAGGAGGGCUAUCUUAAACCUGAGCUUUGGAUGAAACCGUCAAGUUUAGAGAAAAGUCUGGCUCAGUGAAAUGUUAUGAAAGCAAGCUAGGGAGGCAGAGUUGCCCCUCAGGUUUGGGAUGUGCAAAAGCUCUCGUGGACAAAAGAAUGGGUAGAAAGUUGUUCUGCAUCAAUGAGCAGCUAAGCUGUGUUUUUCCACAGGAGAACCCUUGGAUGAAUUUUCAGUAGAGUUCAAGCAACAACAACAAGCUGACCCAGUAGUCUCCUGCCUGGCAGGCAUUUUUAUCCUUUUCUGUUUGUUUUAUGUUAUAAGAGACUGAAAGAUAAAGGUAGAACUAAUGAAAAAAUCCAAUGGAAAUUGAUCCUUAUCUAACCAAAUUCCUCCAUAAUAAUGGAGGCCAACCAUUCCACUCCACCACCGAAAAUAUAUCUUGUUUGUAUUGAUCUUGCACAUCCUGGCUUUUCAUUGGGUCCAUUGUCUACAGAUGAACAAGGAUCCAAUAAAUAAUGAAAAGGACGUAUUAAUAAGAUGAAUAAACAAGAUAUCAUUACAUUUUUUUUAAAUAAAGCCUUUUUCCAUUUUGAUGCAAUUCUAUAAUAAAGAAUUCCAAUUGCUCAACCGAUCUUAUCUUAAGCUUUGUUGUGGAAUAUCUUCAUGUUCCUCUUCCUGUGUGUAUAUUUGAUUGGAUGUAACUGUAACUGCAGACCUCUAAUAGUGGCUAGUGUGAUGAUGAGCUCUGUGACUUUUAACCUGUUGACAAUAGCACUGCUGCACUGUACCUCUGUUGUACCAGAGGCUGAGCUGUCUGGUCUGGUGGGCCUUUCUGGUUCAACUGCAACGUUGUAAGCCACUGAACACUCAGCCUGAGUCUGAAAUGGCACCCUAAUUCCCUAAAAGUAGAGCCCUUAAGUAGCAGACUCAAUCAACCACAGGCCACCCCGCUAAGCUGUAACGGCUCUUUGCUAAUUGGUCCUCUUGAUUAUAGAUACUGUUAAAAGGGGUCGCACGCCUACGGUCUUAUGGAAAACGGGUGUAUGGUCCCUGUGUAUCUAUGUAUGUAUUGUGUAUUUUGCAUAUUGACUUUUCAGACCCCAGACAGACUCUCUACCAGACAGGUCGGCUCACAAUGGCACGAUGGCUGCAGACAGACUGCUCUGUACUGUUUGUGGUUGUAGAAACAAGACUGGUUUGUUAGUUUGUGUCUGUGUGUGUUGCUGUUGGAUGGAGGACAGGUCUGUUAAUUAAUGAACUGGCUCCUUCCUUCCUCUGUGUAUGCGACGGGAUUGUGGCAGACUAACGAUGUUCGGAGGGAGAAACGAAUCCUCCGCUCCUUGAGAGAAUACCACUUAUGCCUCCUCUAAACUAGAGACAUUUAUUCAAACCCGGACUCAGACUGGUACCUUUUUGUCUUUCUUCAAGCUGCCUUUUCUCUGUCAGUCAGUGAGAGACUUUGAGUGGCGAGUCAGUGGGCGUUCAUUCUGUUUCUCCGUGUGCCGGAUAGGACAAUUGGAUAUGGUGGUGCCGACGCAUCAUAAAACCUGGUUUAGCUUAAGCCCAAAAAUAUUGACUAACUGUAGUAGGACAUUCGGGUGAAGCCUCAGCAUUCGGAGAACCCGGUCUGUUCUCAAUGCUGAAAUGAUUUAGCGUCCAGAUGAAGCCGCGGAUUUUUGACUAAACUCAAUACUCUAUCAGGUUUCUUGAGUGUAAAUUCUAAACUGAAAUGGAAGUUAGACUUGACUCAGUGUUAUUGGAAAAACUCUGCUUUCCCUUUCUUAGGUUAGACAAAAAAGGUAUAUAAACAAAUUGUUGUCAGGGAGAAUGUCUCCUCUUGUAAUAUAGUUGUCAUUGAAUGAAUGCUACCCUGUAAAAGAUGAAAUGUUGCCAUUUGCAGGUCCUAAGCAAUCCCUGCCCUGCACUGGCUGGGUGGUUCAGAGGGACUGGCAGACAAGCACUGUCUGUUAUCCCUCCCUCCCCCCCGGUCUCCAGUCCAUCUGUCUGCUAUAACCUGCCUUGUGAAUAGAUUGAGGGCUUCAGACUUCUUCACAGCUUGAACUGGAUUUGUUUUGCUUUCAUGGUCUUUCUCGCAAUCCUCACACAGCAAAUUGUUAACAAUAUAUCUGGAUGUCAUUAUUGUUUGCAACAUAAUUAAAGAAAAAAUCUCAAUGUUGUCCUCUUUAUUGAAUCAAAAUGGAUAGGAUGGGAUUUCUCAACAAAGAACAUACACUGAUUAAAACUAUUUUCUAAUUUUUAUCUACAUUUUAUGAUUUAGCAUAGACACCCAGAGCAAUUAACCUAAAGGAGAGUUUACAUUUUAAUUUUGAGGAAGAAAUAUCAUAAUAUACUUUAGCAAAUGGCAUGAUGUAUUUUUCUUUGAUAAUGAUAGACAGCCUAGCACUAUUGACACACUCAUGUCAUAUUAACAUAUUACCAGGAUAAUGUUGUGUAAGGUAUUGGUAUACAUUUAUUAUGAAUGUGCAGUAACGAGGAAUGCUAAGAGAUACUGGAACUGAAUUUGGUUUACAUUGUAGGUUAACAGACUCAACUUGAAAAAUGUAUUUAGAACAGUGUUUGUGGGUUUAGCUUUGAUUCAGAUGGUUACAUGGCCUAGUUGCUUACCACAGCUGCUACCUUUCUGCAACCACUAAUUGUUUGAUAAUAUAAGGUGCACCUGUCAAGCACCUCUAGGACCAUAAUGUACAAAAGACUCACGUGAGCAGUUGAGCUGUGAAUUAAAUGUGUGCUUCAGCAA